CUUUUCUAUGUAAUUCCCUGUUUUUAAGACGAGGCAAAUUUUUGUCUGGGUAUAUAUUGCAGUGGCACUCCUGAGGAUUCCACCAGUCCUUUCUCCAGGGAGAAGACAGAAGGAACGGUUCAGCUCUCAGUUCUGAGACUCUGCUGCAAGGGGAGCAAGAGCCCUUCCCUGAAAUCCUCCCACGAUGCUGAAGCUGCUGCUGCUGCAGGUGUUGGCCAGCUGCCUCUGGCUGGGGCACAGCGAGGUGGUGACGUCCUUUGCAAGCUGUCUCAAGUUUUUCUAUGGGAAUACUACCCCAGGUAAUGCUCUGGAGCCACAGAACCCAGCCUGGAUCUGCCAGCGCUACAAGAACCAAUAUCACUUUGCAACCCUGUAUGACAGGACGAUGCGUAUUCCAGUGUACUCUGCUUACAUCUACAGUCCUGGACCUGGCAACAGAUCUACGUCAUGGUUUGUUGAGCCCCAGCUGAUCAACCCAUCUUUUUCCAAGGAUAUGGAUACAGAGAUAUCCAUUGCAAAUCGAUACAAAGUCACUCCACAGCAAAUUGGCCAGAGUCAGGCUAUCAACCAAGACUACAAGAAACUCCAGGGUUUAGACCGUGGUCACUUGAGCCCCAGUAGCCACCGAAGUGGUAACAACAACAAGUGGGCUACCUUCACCCUCACCAACAUAGUGCCCCAGAACAGCACGCUCAACAAGGGUGCCUGGAAAGACUACGAGAACCAAAUGAUGGCCCAGCUAACCCAGGGCUGUACAACCACCUAUGUCAUUGUGGGUGCUGUGCCUGGGAACAAGUACAUCUCCAAUAAGAGGGUUAAUGUACCCAGCCACCUCUGGUCAGCUGCCUGCUGCCAGACCAACACCAUCAGGAAGACUUGGGCUGUCAUUGCUGAAAACAACAAGAAUCAGGUCCAGAACCUCACCCUGGCACAGCUGGAGGCCAGGUUGACCACCCUCUAUAGGAAGGGAAAUGUCUCUCUGUUCCACAGUGAUUGUCCCCGCUAACAAACCUCAUAUCCUGGGUGGAAAAGGCUUGAGAGCUUUUCCCUCAUGUCAUAGAAUCCCAGAAUCACAGAAUCCCAGAAUCACAGAAUUCCAGAAUCACAGAAUCACAGAAUGGGUUGUGUUUUAUGGGACUUUAAAGAUCAUCUUGUUCCAUCCCCUUCCCUGUGCAGUGACAGCUUUCACUACACCUGGUUGCUCCAAACCCCAUCCAACCUGGUCUUGAACACUUCCAGACAUGGAACAGUCACAGCUUCUCUGCUCACCCCAUGACAUGGCCUCACCACCCCCUCUGUAUAGAAUUUCUCCCUAACAUCUCAUCUAACCCUGCCCUUUGUCAGUGUGAAAACAUUCCCUCUUGUCCUGUCACUCCAUGCCCUUGUCCAAAGUCCCUCUCCAGAUCUCUUGGUGAACUUCUAGCUAGUGGAAGGGGAUCCAACUUCUCCACACAGCCUUUUCUUGUCAAGGUUGAACACCCUCAGCUGGCUCAGCCUGUCUCCAGAGCAGAGGUGUUCCACACCUUGGCCUCCACUGGACUCCACUCCAAUAUAAUUUUGUCCUUCUCAUGUUGUGGGCCCCAGAGCUGGAUGCAGCACUCCAGGUGCAAGGACAAGAUUCUGGACAACCAGCUCUAGAUGACCCUCUUUGACCCGGGGUAUGGACUAGAAGAUUUUGAGUGAUCCCUCCCACACUCAACAAUUCAGUGAUUAUGUGAUUCAGCGAUGCUUUUGUUUGCUUGCUUUUGAAAUUGCACCUUGGGAGCAGCACCUGUAUAUCAACAGGCAGGAUGAGGCACUGGAUAGAGAGGAAGUUUUGAGCAGCCAAAGAUAAAUUUCUGUGAUGCACUGCUUGAAUACCUUAAUUCUCCACCCUGCUUCUGAAGCUUUUCUUUAAAAUUACAGGGAACUGAUUUGGGGAAAUGUGUUUAAUAUAUUCAAUAUAUUGAGUGUAUUCAAUGUUAUAAUCAAAAGAUCAGCAUAGGACAAAUCAUUUAGUUCCGGACUAGUUCACAAUAAAAAUUAUUUGCUGCAGUGCUGGUUUGCAGGGUCA